CAAUCGAUGAACACAUCCGUCAUCCGCCGCCAUUUGCCAAAGGAAGGUUGAUCGCUGCCUUGAGGUGCAGCGCAAGUGUCGUUGGUUUGACUAUGUCGAGUGCAUAAUUUGUUUUUUUUUCGAUUUAACUGUGAACUGAGUGCACAUAAAAUAAGUUAAAAUGAUUGUGAGGUUUUUGAGCCUUCUGUGGGUCGGAGUUUUCCUGGCUUCGGCACACAACGGUGGAGGAAACAACGACAAUGAAGACAUUCCAUACCUGGAGCUGGCGGAACCUGACGAGGGUUACCAUGGGCUAAUUAGAGAGAACGAGACGCUGGUGGAGGUGACGCCGACGAUACGCGCCCGCGGACCGCUCUGCUCCUUCCUCAUACUGAACAACAAGCACCAUGGGGAGGCGCCCUUUGAGAUUAUGGUGGUGGAUGAGAACGAAGCGAAGUUGCGGGUUCGAUACCCGCUCAACUGCGAGAAGAGACGAAACUACAAGUUUGACAUUGCCGCUGUGGGCUGCGACGGAUCUUAUUCCAACACGGUCCCAGUGCACAUAACAGUGACUGACGUGAACGAAUUCGCGCCGGUGUUCAGCCAAGCGGCGUACGUGAGGUCCGUCGACGAGGGCAAGAUAUACGAUGAGAUUGUGCGCGUGGAAGCGACUGAUCGUGAUUGCACCCCGCGGUAUGGAGACGUGUGCAAGUAUGAGAUCGUCACUGAUAGAAGUCAACCAUUUACGAUUGAUAAUGAAGGUGUAAUCCGCAACACUGAGCCCCUUGAUUACGAGAAGUCACACAAUCACAUUCUAUCCGUGGUCGCGUACGAUUGUGGCAUGAUGGAAUCCGCGCCUGUAAUGGUGACCAUCAAAGUGAACAAACCCUGCAGGGCUGGAUGGAAAGGUAUCGCCGAGCGCGUAGACUACGCCCCCGGCACGGGCCCGCUUGCCCUCUUCCCGGCCGCCCGUCUGGAGGCAUGCUCCAGCGACGAGCGUUGUCCCGGCGUGACGCGUAUACAAGCUGCCGUCACGCUGCAAGCGUCACGCGCUGGCGUCGCCUGCGAUCGGGACACGUACACGCUGCGUGCUCAGAAGAGCAUCUGUGGUCUGGAACCGAAAACCAUCGAUUUACUACCGAGCCCCGGUGUUGGCAAUGAGUGGACCAAGUCCUUGAAACCUGAUUCAGGGCGUGACGGCGAGCAGAUGUUCGAAUUCGACGGCGAAUCCACCUCAGCAGUUGUACCAGAAACGCUACUCCCGCACUCGCUCGGCAGCACGUUCGCGGUGAGCGUGUGGCUGCGGCACGCGCCGCCGCCCGACCACGACAAGCACCGCAAGGAGCACGUCGUGUGCCUCGCCGACGAUCACAAGAUGAACAGACACCACUACGCCCUGUUUGUACGCAACUGCCGCUUGAUCCUGCUGCUGCGAAGAGAUUUCGGAGAAGGUGAUCUGAACAUCUUCAGGCCCGCUGAAUGGCGCUGGAAGUUGCCUGAGGUGUGCGACGACGAGUGGCACCACUACGCAGUGAACGUGCGUUUCCCGAACGUCGAAUUAUAUGUAGACGGGGAGCUAUACAGAGCUGCUGACGGCAAGGCGCCCGAAGUGAUCGACGAUUGGCCGCUGCACCCCGCGCACGGGGUUAACACCACCAUGGUUGUGGGCGCUUGCUGGCAGGGCACGGAAAGCGACAUGAAACACCACAUGCAUGGCUGGAUGGCUGGGCUGGGCGUGGUCAAAGGAGCGGUCCAGCCGCCCGCAGCUCUGCGCUGUGCUGCGAGGUGCAGGGAGGGACUGUCACUUGCUCCUGACCUAUACCUGAAAUCCGUGUCGGUGGAAGGUGACGGUGCGGCAGAAGUAGAGACGCUCGUGCGACGCGUCGCGUACGGGGACGCUAGGUCUUUCCCCACCCCGGGCAGACGGAAUGUGCACCUGGAUACCACUAUUACUUGUGACAACGGGCGCGUGAUCAAGGCCCGACCGGCUGAAUCGUAUGUGAUGGUGCUCUCACCGCAAACACCGACCAUUCUGCUCAACGGUAGCGCGGAUGCUGCGAGGGACUACGCUCACUUCAGAGCUGGUCUUCCGGUCUUCCCGGACCUGGAGGUUAAGGUCCUGGCGAGGGAUAGGGACUCUGUUAUUGAAGCAGACAGCCAGAAACUGGACAGUUGCGUGGUGUCCGUCUACCCGGCACUGAACCCGGACCACGAGGCGCUAGCACUGCGCGGCCACUCGGUUUUGCCCGACUCUGACAUACGGGCCACUCUUACUAGAGAUGGAGUCAACUUGAUUGGAGCUGAUACCGUUCAUAAUUAUCAGAAGGUACUCCGCGACAUUGAGUACAGUAACAAGAAGCCGGCCUAUUACCUGAACCGCGUGUUUAAGCUGACUUGCUCUGAACUCAACGGCCGCUUCACUAGCAAUGAAUAUGUGCAAACGCUUACCGUUGUCCAUCCUCGCGCGGCGGGAGAUGUGCACGCGCAACGUCCGAGCGGACUCGCUGAUAAGUUGGAUGCUGUGGCCAGAGACAAGAUCGGGGAGGCGGCAGUAGCGGCGCAGGUUCCGCGCGCGUUCGCCGCGCACGCGCUGCACUCGCCGCACUCUGCGGACGCGCCCGCGCCCAGGCUACUCGACCUGCACCGUGCUGAUAACACGAACGUGACGCUAGUGAUCGGCGCAGUGUGCGUGGGCGCUAUCCUGCUGCUUGCCCUGGGCGGGGCAGCGCGGGCCCGGGCGCGGGCAGCUCGCACACCGAGACGUGCUGCCGACGAGAUGGCCUGGGACGAUUCCGCCUUGACCAUCACUGUCAACCCCAUGGAGGACAGUGUGCCCGAUAGCGCAGUGGCGGGUGCCGGUAUCACGGCGACGGUGGACAGUUCGGACGGCGAGAGCUGCUCCGACAGCGACUCGGAGCAACACGACUCGUCCGAUGAGGAUGAUGAGGUGAUCCAAGGCAAACAGCACAAAUACAGGAACAUCAGCCAGCUAGAGUGGGACAACAGCACGAUGUAAGCGUGCCGUCUCGCUCGCGCACAGUACUUACCCUAUCGCCGUCUCACUCUCGCCCGCGCAAACUAUGUAUACCCUUCUCGCUUGUGACGUUUUAAUAUUAAAGUAACACUAUUUGAGAUUGGCAAAACUAUGGGUUUUGGGUUCGAUUCCCAAUCUCUGUUUAAAGCGAGAAAAUAAAUUUUCUUUAUAAAAGAAAAAGAAAGAUAUAAAAUUUAUCUGCCCAUAGAGGGUGAGGAGUAAGACCUUGAUUAUUUUUUUAUAAGAUUAUGUUGUAAGGAAAUAUUUUCUAUUAUAAGUUAUUUUAAAACUGUAAUUUAAUAUUGAAACGUCACAAACACGAUUCUUAUCGCACAGUUAUAAGGAAUUGAUUUUGUAAUACAUUUUUUGAAAGAAAUGAGUUUUAUUCGGGUCCCGUUAUAUCUACCAUAGAGCGUAGAACACAUAGACAGGACUCGAUUUGAAAUCAAUUUUAUAGCAAUAAGCACAAAUGCGCGCGGCCACUUGUAUAGAGUCGCCGUCAAAGUGUAAGGAAAAAGAGAGAAUUGUUUGUUAAUUCGUUGGCUAGAAAAUGACAGUUUACACAUUUUGACUGCAACUCUACACGCGUAACAUUUCGUUAGUACGUUUAAAUGUUAAGUCUCAAAAUGAUCAUAUCAAAUUUAUACGUAAAACAAUAAUUUCCCCGCUUGCUUUCUUGGAACGGGCGUGUCGCUCUUCUACAAUGAAAUAGACGUCGCUUUUCUAUGUUUUUUCUAUGGAUAAAAUGUAUCUAUGUAUCGAUAGUAGACGUUUCGUAUCGAGUCGGUUGUAAGUGAACAUUAUUAUAAGAUAAUAUGUAUAUUAUUACUUACAAGUAAGUGCCGCUUCGCCGGUUCUGCAACUAACACGUUUUUUAUUAUUUGCUGACUAAUGUGACGUAAUUCGUCGGUUGCAUUUGUGACGUCAUAAACGCAUUUAUUUAGUACAACGCGAACCAGUUUCGCAUUUUGUUUUCCGUUACGUACAAAUCACGUAGUAUUUUUAACGUUCAAGAAAUGUCCACUUCUACCCUUUACGAGCUUUUCAAAAACGGCUUAAAUGUAUAUUAGGCACAGAGUUAUUUGAGAAAAAAAAAUAGAUGUAACUAUACACUUAUACGGACGAUGUCGACUUAGGGGUCACCUACUAUAAUAAACUAUAUAAUUAUAUAUAUAUUUUGAAUGUGUUAAGGUUUUUACUAACAAUUAGGUAAGUGGCUAUGUGUUAGUUUCGCGUCGGAUCGCGAGGGGGGGGGCCGCACGACCAACGGUACUCCCCCUUAAUGUUAAGCGUAGGUAAGUUUCAUUUCUAUCCGCGUGCCGUCUCGCUCGCACGCGCGCACCUCUCAUCGCUGUGUCUCUUUCCGAUAUUGCAUAUCAGGCCAUACUAGUAUAGUCCGAUUUUCGAAAGAAAUUAUUGUUAUAAAUACAUAAUCAUCGGUGUUCGUAAUGAUGUCGGUUCGUUGAGUUUUCGCUUAAGUUUUUUGCGUAAUAUGUUGCACGUGCCGUCCGUAUUUUUAAAAUUGAAUACAUUUUUGAGAUUUUAUUGUAAUGAUUGGUUCAUUUUGUAGUAUUGCAAUUUGGGGUGAGAUUAGAUGUUGUGAAUUAAAUGGAUGAUAUCUAAGUGCAAAGAUUGACGUGUUUUUAAGUAUCUCACCUCCAACAAAAAAUGAAAUUACCGAUUCGGAUAUUUGUUAUCUGUAUUCUUGAUUAUCUGUUAUAUUAAGUGCCAUUACGUUUCCAAUAUGCUUGUUCUGUUGGGUUUGUCAUUCGAUUACCGUCCAAUGCCCUAUACGAUAAUUUCGAUUUCACGUUUUUUGGUCGAGCACAAAAUGCAGGCGUUUUGACUUUUGUAUUAUUUUGUGGUAGCUAUUUUCAUUUUUGAUGGAAAUUAUUUUAUUUUGUAUUACUUCGGUAUUGUAACUGUAUAACUUAGGGGACUUCUUUGAUGUAUGAAUUAUUAUAUUUUAGCUAAAAAUAAAGUUGGUUUAAAAUAAAA